GGUCAUCAUCACCUCUAUAUCCGGGCUAUUAUUUCUGAAUAAUAUAUAUAUAUAUAUAUAUAUGUGUGUGUGUGUGAUCUUUCUUCCUAGGUUUGUAUUUUCAUGGCAGACCAUGUUGGCCUUUUAACACAAGAAGUUUGAGAAGAGCAGCACUUAGCAAUUACCUCUCCCUUCUCUUCACCGUCAUCAUCUCCUUCGCCAUCUAAAUUCUUCUUCUUUCUUUCCUUCCUGUUGAUUCUUUAACAACAUAGUUUCAACUUGUUCCCAUAACUGUAGUUGCAGAAUCAGCAUCAACUUUUGAUCAAGCUGGUGGGCAGAAGAAGCAUAAACAAAGGAACCGAAAAAGUUGGAUUUAAAUGGCUAGAGAACUCUGUGAAGAUAAAUCAAGGAAUAUUGUUGUCUCAUCAACUGGUUUUUGUUACUCGGAUGUUUCAUCUGGUAACUCAACCACGCAAACACAUAUGGUGAAUCAGAUCCAAGGGUUUGAAUCCAAUCCAGAGAUCUUCAAUUUGACCACAGGUAUGGAGAUGAUAGGGUUUUCCAAGAACCUACAGCAGCAACAAGGUGACACCAAUAUGGCCAUGUGGAAAGGGUUCUUCAAUAAACAUGGAAACAACCCAGCAGGCCCUUCUUCUUCUUCCAAGGAGAUCAAUGAGUCAACUACCGAUUUCUAUCAACAUGAGUUCCACAAACCCGAGUUCACAACUGGGAUAUCUGAAACUAGUGCAGAGAAUCUAAUAGUUGGACCAGAGUCGGCUCCUUGGCAAGAAAACAAGUUGCUUGUUGAUGAUUCUUCUUUGAGGUGUGUGUUUCCUUCACAGAGGCCAAGUCAAGGUCUUUCACUCUCACUUUCGUCGAGUAAUCCUACUAGUAUCGGGUUGCAGUCUUUUGAGCUUAGACAAACCAGCCACGGUAAUCAUCAAGACCAGGCAGAUGACAUGAGGUUUAUCGGUUCUAGUUCCAGAGAUGGUUUCUUUGAAAAGCCUGCCAAUUUACAUCAUCAAGGGCAGUUCCAGCUGAGGAGCUCUAAGUACUUGGAUCCUGCUAAGGAACUUUUGAAUGAAUUUUGCAGCUUGGGAAUAAAGCAGUUUGAUGCAUCGAAGCAAAAGCAGACCCUUAAGAGCAAACAGUGCGAUAAUGAUGAUGAUGGAGCUAGCUCUUCGAGGAAGCAAUCCCUAUAUUCCCUUGACUUCUCGGAGUUACAGAGAAGGAAAACCAAGUUGCUUUCAAUGCUUGAAGAGGUGGAUAGAAGAUACAAGGUCUACUGUGGUCAAAUGAAAGCCGUCAUAUCUCCUUUCGAAGUAGUAGCGGGCACCGAGGCUGCAUCGGUGUAUUCAGCGUUAGCCUCCAAAGCCAUGUCGAGACAUUUUAGAUGCUUAAGAGAUGGGAUUGUGAGUCAGAUUCAGGCCACAAGGAAGGCCAUGGGAGAAAAAGACCCGGUUGCACCAGGCACGACAAAAGGCGAAACGCCGAGGCUAAGGGUCCUGGAUCAAGCUUUGAGGCAACAAAGGGCAUUUCAACAGAUGAGCAUGGAGAGUCACCCUUGGAGACCCCAAAGAGGCCUACCGGAAAGAUCUGUUUCCGUUCUUCGAGCUUGGUUGUUCGAGCAUUUCCUUCACCCGUAUCCAAGCGAUGUCGAUAAACAUAUCUUAGCCCGCCAAACCGGCCUCUCAAGAAGCCAGGUAUCCAAUUGGUUCAUCAAUGCUAGAGUGAGACUAUGGAAACCAAUGGUGGAAGAAAUGUACUUGGAAGAAACAAAGGAGCAUGAGAACUCCUCAUAUAAUGGAGUUCCCGAUGGUGAUAAUAACAAUGGAAAUGGCCGGUUAAAUAUUCCAUUCGCCGACAAGAAACCCAUCCCGGACCAGCUCAUUCGUGUUGACUCGGAAUGUCUGUCUUCCAUUAUCACUAACCCUGAUAAAAACGAUCCGAAAAGUGCCAAAACCCUUGACAACCAGCACUUGCAUCAUCAACAACAACAAAGUUUUGGAACCUAUGGUGCCAUGGAGUUGGACUUCGCUUCCUACGGUCACACUGCAGGCGGAGUACCGUUUCACAAUGCUAAUCAAAGUUUCAACGGCGGCGGCAGCCGCGGAGCUGUGUCGUUGACGUUAGGGUUGCAACAACAUGGUGGGAGUGGGGUGAGCUUAGCCUUCCCGCCCGCAUCACAAACUUCACUUUUUUACCCUAGAGACCAAAUGGAAGACUGCCAACCGGUUCAGUACUCGCUUUUAGACGGCGAGGGACAGCAUUUGCCUUACAGGAACUUGAUGGGGGCACAAUUGCUUCAUGAUUUGGCGGGAUAGCAACCACGGUGACAAUAAGAACAAAGCUCAAAUUCGAUAAGAUUGUUGGUGGGG